AUGGCGGCGAACGGUGUUACUGGAUCAAUGGAGCAGUUCUUGAAGGAGUGUCAGCAGUCCGGGGACGCUGCUUACGGCGCUUUCCGGUCACUGUUGGAGCGGCUGGAGAAUCCUAAAACCCGGAAGGAUGCUCGGAUAUUCUUCUCGGAUCUUCAGAAACGGUUCGCUACUAAAGAGGCGUCCGAGAAAUGCAUGGAGACUUACCAUUUCCAAAUUGAAGAUAUUUACCUUGAGCAACAUGAAGGGUUCCAGAAGAGGAAGAAAUUGACAAUGAUGGUGAUACCUAGUAUCUUCAUGCCGGAGAACUGGUCGUUUACUUUUUAUGAGGGACUGAAUAGACAUCCUGAUUCCAUCUUCAGAGACAGGACAGUUGCUGAACUUGGUUGUGGAAAUGGUUGGAUAUCCAUUGCCAUAGCCGAGAAAUGGUCACCUUUAAAGGUUUACGGUCUUGAUAUAAAUCCAAGGGCAGUGAAGGUGUCCUGGAUAAAUCUUUAUCUGAAUGCCUUGGAUGACAAAGGUGAACUAAUAUAUGACGCGGAGAAGAAAACUCUACUUGACAGGGUAGAGUUUCAUGAAUCUGAUUUGCUAUCUUACUGCAAAGAUAAUAAGAUAGAGCUGGAAAGGAUUGUUGGUUGCAUACCCCAGAUCCUGAACCCCAAUCCAGAUGCAAUGUCUAAGAUGAUUACUGAAAAUGCCAGUGAAGAAUUUUUAUAUUCAUUAAGCAACUAUUGUGCACUUCAGGGUUUUGUAGAAGACCAGUUUGGCUUAGGGUUGAUUGCAAGGGCAGUUGAAGAAGGAAUCGAUGUCAUAAAACCAAUGGGAAUUAUGAUUUUUAAUAUGGGAGGUCGUCCGGGAGAAGCUGUAUGUAAGCGCUUAUUUGAACGCCGUGGUCUUCGUGUAAACAAGCUUUGGCAAACCAAAAUUCUUCAGGCUGCUGACACAGAUAUCUCAGCUUUAGUUGAAAUUGAAAAGAACAGUCGCCACCGGUUUGAGUUUUUCAUGGGACUUGUGGGUGAUAAGCCAAUAUGUGCUCGAACUGCAUGGGCCUAUGGAAAGUCUGGCGGUAGAAUCUCACAUGCUUUGUCAGUUUUUAGUUGCCAACUCCGCCAACCAAAUCAGGUUAAAAAGAUCUUUGAGUUCCUCAAGAAUGGGUUCCACAGCAUCAGCAGUUCGUUAGAUUUGUCCUUUGAAGACGAUGCUGUCGCUGAUGAGAAAAUACCAUUUCUUGCGUAUCUAGCAAGUGUUCUGAAAGAGAACUCCUUUUUUGCAUAUGAACCUCCUGCAGGAAGCAAAAGGUUCCGUAAUCUCAUUGCUAGGUUUAUGAAAACCUACCAUCACAUUCCACUUACUGCUGAUAAUGUCGUCGUAUUUCCUUCAAGGACUGUCGCAAUUGAGAAUGCUCUUAGAUUGUUUUCACCUCGACUUGCCAUAGUGGAUGAACAUCUGUCGCGAUACCUGCCUAGGCAAUGGUUAACAUCAUUGAAAAUUGAGAAUGCCGAAAGUGAUAAGAAUUCAGAGGAUGCGAUCACUGUAUUGGAAGCUCCUAGGCAAUCCGAUUUGAUGGUAGAGCUGAUAAAGAAAUUGAAGCCCCAGGUUGUAGUCACUGGGAUUGCAGAUUUUGAAUUUGUAACUAGUGCAGCGUUUGAGCACCUUCUGGAUACUACUAGAGAAAUCGGAUCUCGUCUAUUUUUAGAUAUAUCGGACCACUUUGAGCUAUCUAGUCUCCCUAGUUCAAAUGGGCUUUUAAAAUAUCUAGCUGGAAAUCCUCUUCCCUCACAUGCAGCAAUAGUUUGCGGCUUAGUGAAAAAUCGGGUUUACUCUGAUCUUGAAGUUGCUUUCGUAAUAUCAGAAGAAGAAUCAGUUUUUAAAGCGUUGUACAAGACUGUGGAACUCUUACAGGGAAACACUCCACUUAUUAGCCAAUACUAUUAUGGCUGCUUAUUUCAUGAGCUUCUAGCAUUUCAACUUGCCGAUAGGCAUCCAGCCAUAGAGAGAGGAGCUCAAAAGGCAAAAGCAAGUGAGAUGAUUGGCUUUUCGAGUUCAGCUAGUUCAGUUCUGGAUCAGGCCGAAUAUUCUGUUAGUGAAGCAGAGAACACUUCUCUUAUUCACAUGGAUGUUGAUGAAAGCUUUUUGCCAAUGCCUAAAGAAAUCAAGGCUGCUAUUUUUGAGAGUUUCUCAAGACAGAACAUUGUGGAGGCAGAGAUUGACAUAACAAAUGGAAUAAGUCAAUUUGUUAGCGGAAACUACGGUUUUGCAACAGACAGCAAGACCGAAGUGUUAUGUGCUGACCGUCCUCUUGCUCUUUUCAGUAAGCUGGUUCUUUGUUGCCUGCAAGAAGGUGGAACCCUGUGCUUCCCAUCUGGCUCAAAUGGGAAUUAUGUGUCUGCUGCAAAGUUUUUGAAAGCAGAUAUUAAGACCAUUCCCACCAGUUCUGAUUCUGGAUUUAAGUUGACAGGAAAACUACUUGAUAAGGAAUUAGAAAGUGUGAAUAAACCUUGGAUUUAUAUUUCUGGACCAACGGUCAAUCCAACUGGAUUACUUUAUACUAAUGAAGAGCUGAAAGGCAUACUGACUACCUGUGCGAAGUACGGAGCUAGGGUUAUUCUUGAUACUUCCUUCUCAGGUGUAGUCCAUAGCACUGACUGCGGUAGAUGGGAUUUGAAGGCCAUCUUAGCAGGACUAACUUCUGCUAAACCAUCAUUUUCAAUUUCUUUGUUGGGAGGCUUGUUUCUGAAGAUGCUUACUGGUGGACUUACAUUUGGCUUUCUGCUAUUAAAUCAAACUUCCUUGGUUGAUGCUUUUCAUAACUUUGCUGGAUUGACCAAACCCCAUAGUACUAUUAGAUAUGCAGUAAAGAAGUUGGUAGAGCAAGAGGGAGGUUCCCUACUGAACUCGGUUCGAGAGCAGGAAAAGACUUUGGCAACAAGAUAUAAGCGCUUGAAAGAGACGCUUGAACAUUGUGGUUGGCAAGUACUCGAAGCUCAAGCAGGUGUUUCGGUAGUCGCAAAGCCAUCUGCUUACCUUGGCAAGAGUAUUAAAUUAAGUGAAAGUGCAUGGGAAGGAAAACUCAAUGACUCGAAUAUCAGAGAAGCAAUGCUCAGGAGCACAGGUUUGUGUAUCAACAGUGCCGCUUGGACAGGAAUUCCGGGGUACUGUCGCUUCACAAUAGCUUUGGAAGAAUCUGAAUUCGAGAACGCUUUGAGUUGCAUUUCCAAAUUUCACCAGCUUGUUGGAAAAUAG